CCACAACCCUCACUGGGGCCCCCAGCCCUAUGCGCGACCCCCCCCGGCCUCCAGAUCUCCAUUCUCCCCCCAUUUUCCUGUUUUUCAUCCACUCCUGAGAGCUUCGGGCCUUCCCUUGUCUCCCCCAGAUGGGAGAGAGACCUCCCUGAGCUGCCCCUAACCCCCCUUUGGUGUCUGUCCCCCCGCCAUCCUCUCCUGAGAGCUCCCAGCACCACCCCUGGACCCCCAGGCCCUGAGACCCCUCAUUCCCUACCCCUGCCUUGAUCCUGAGAGCCCCUGGGACCCUCCCUUUUCCCCCUCCGGUUUCUGCCUCAGCCUGGGGGGUGUGCUGGGGGCUGAGCCAAUUCCAGCCCCUGUUUCCUCUUUCCGUUGUGGAAGGAAGAAAUCCUUGGAUCAGCGGGAUUGGGCCCCCCGUGUCCCGUGCUAUGAGCGUUCGGUGUGACUUCUCCGCAAGCAGCUGCAAAUGAAAAUGGAGGAUAUGUCUUUGUCUGGCCUGGAUAACAGCAAGCUGGAGGCCAUUGCACACGAGAUCUACACGGAGCUGGUGGAGGAUGCCUGCCUGGGGCUCUGCUUCGAGGUGCACCGGGCUGUCAAGUGUGGCUACUUCUUCCUGGAUGACACGGACCCUGACAGUAUGAAGGACUUUGAGAUCGUGGACCAGCCGGGCGUGGACAUCUUCGGGCAGGUGUACAACCAGUGGAAGAACAAGGAGUGCGUGUGCCCCAACUGCAGCCGCAGCAUCGCCGCCUCCCGCUUCGCCCCUCACCUGGAGAAGUGCCUGGGCAUGGGCCGCAACAGCAGCCGCAUCGCCAACCGCAGGAUCGCGAGCAGCAACAACCUGAACAAGUCAGAGAGUGACCAGGAGGACAACGAUGACAUCAAUGACAACGACUGGUCCUAUGGCUCCGAGAAGAAAGCAAAGAAGAGGAAAUCGGAUAAGGUGAGGGCUGCGGGGAAGGGUGGGGGGCACAGGGAGGACACAGGACAACCCCAACACCCCCUCUCGUUGCAGAACCCCAACUCGCCCCGCAGGUCCAAGUCCCUGAAACACAAAAAUGGCGAGAUCGGCGGGAACCCCGAUCCCUUCAAGUACAGCAACUCGGCCGGCAUCAACUACGAGACGCUGGGCCCCGAGGAGCUGCGGACGCUGCUGACCACGCAAUGCGGGGUCAUCUCCGAACACACCAAGAAGAUGUGCACCAGGUCCCUGCGGUGUCCCCAGCACACGGAUGAGCAGCGCAGGGCAGUCCGGGUUUACCUCCUCGGGCCCUCGGCGUCCCUGCCCGAGGCUGAGGCUGGUGUGGAGAACGACAGCUUCGAGGUGGCCGAGAGCCAGGCCCUCAUGAGCCGCCUGCAGUGGGACGGCUCCUCCGACAUCUCCCCCUCCGACUCGGCCUCCUCCAAAGCCAGUACAAACAACUCCGAGUCCCGCAAGACCAAGAAGAAGAAGCCCCACCUGGGGCUGGUGAGCGGCGCCCCCGGGCUCGGCUCCAGCAAGAAGAAGAAGCCCAAGCCCCCCGCCCCCCACACCCCCAGCAUCUACGACGACAUCAACAACUGAGCCCCGCCGAGCUGGGGAGGGGCAGGACGGACAAAGGGACGGACAGAGGGAUGGACAGGGGCCAGGCCAGCCCCCGGGCACCCCCCGGGCCGGACACAACGUGGGUACCGGAGCACAGAGGACUCGGCUGGAGUGGGGCUGGAUUUGGGGGGCCCCCGUUAGUGCCCCCCUUCCUCCCGCCCUGCCCCAGUGCCUCUAUUUAUUCUGUGACAGUUUUUUUACGUGGGGCUCCCAUUGGGGCUUCACCCUCAAACGUGGGGGUACAGCCCCCCUUCCCUCCCAGCACCCCCAAAGCCAGCUGUGCCCCCCCACACCCGCUCCUCACUCACCCCAAUGGGGUGGGGGGCACCUGGACACCCUGGGCAGGUCUGGGCCUGGGUCAGGGGGUUGUGAAUCCCCCCUGCCCUGGGGUUUUGGGGUGAGCGCCCCACUCUGGGGCUGCACCCCUCCCUGCCCCAGGCUGGCACUCACCGGUCAGGCUGGCUCAGGAAGGGGGGGUCUCACUGGGGAGGGGUCCUUUCCCACUCAGAGGACAAGGGAGCAUCCUCUCACUCCCAGGUCUGUUCAGCUGUGCCUGCAGUCAGCUGGUGGGGGCCUUGAGGGGCUGCUGGUGCCCACACAAGGGGGUCACAGGGGGCUGCAUGCUGCAUCCUUGGGGGUGGGUCUGGGGGUGGGGGGAGCUGCUGUGUCCAUCCCUGUGCCAAAUUGUUUGGGGAGGGGGGACCCCAACCUGUCAGGGACGUCCGGGGGGGAGCUGGGAGUGGAGCAAAACCUGGGGGGGAAAGCCCAGCCUGGCUUCAGCGCAGAGCCCCCCACUCCUGGUGUCCCCAGGGCAGCUCUGCGUGCCCUCCACGCGUGCCUGGGACCUGCUGCUGCAGUCGGGGGGUCCGUGGGGACCCCCCCACAGCUCUGCUUUCGCUCAGGGGGGCCGGGACCAGCGCCCCGCUGUGCGGGCUGGGGGGACAGGUCCCUCUGGCUGGAUCCAGGUCACCCCCUGCCCCGUGAUCCCCUCCCUCCCCACAGCUGUUCUCCAUGGCAGGGGCUGUGCUGGGGACAGGGUUGGCUCUGUUGUCCCCCCCUUGCUCUCUGACCCCCCAUCUGGCCGUGUGUCCCCGGGGUGGAGCCGUGUCUGUCCCCCCACCCCGGUGCCGUGGCUCGUCUCUCGCAGGGACUCACACAUUAUGGUGCUCUCGACUCUGGAUUCACUAUUGUUUUCAAACUGCUGCUAAAGGCUGGGCUGGGGGGUCCUGCAGAGCCCUGGGCACCUCAGAACCCUGCGGGCCCCCCCUCAUGGGGACCCCGGGCGGUCCCUGCUGCUGCGGCUGCGGCUGGGCAGGGGUGGCCACCAGAGCACGCCGAGCUGGCCUUCGCGUGCCCCGGGGCCCCAGGACGGCGCUGUGGGCACCCAAAAACACGGGGGACCACCCCAAACUGCCUGGGGGGGCACGGUGAGCUGGGGCUGUGGGGGGAGGCAUCCUGAGCCCCUUCAGCUGCAGGAGAGGCGCUGCAAUUUGGGGUCCAAGGGGUGCAGUGGGGCUUGGGGGGCUCAGACCGUGCCCUGUGACCCCCCCCAGGUCGGUGUCCUCGCCCCCCCCACCCCGGUGUUUCUGCGUGUCCCCCCCGCAGGGGAACUGAGCCCUUGUGAGGUCUGUGUGUCCCGUGAGUGGGUUGUGGCUGCCCCUGUAAAUAAAACUGCAUCUUGACUUGGUA